AGGAGACAAAUCCAACCGCACUAAACAAACAAAUUGCAAAUGAUUAUUUAUAGUGAGCCACAAUUAUAUAGAGUUUUUUUAUUUUUAUUAGUUUUACCACGGGAUAAAUGAAAAAUGAUUUAAAUAGAUUGAUUUAUGGAGAAACGAAGAGUUAGAUUACUGAUAGAUCUAUUAAGAUAAAAUGACUCAACUCAGUGUUGCAGAAGUUGAUAAAAAGUAUAAUGUUAGACCAUUUGUGGAAGCUCCACCAUCGAAAUCUGGUUUAGUCCCUAUUGAAUUAGAAUCAGUAGAUUUAUCCUUAUUCAAAGAAGGCAUCGAACAUCUUCCUGCUAGACAAGCAUUAGCCAAGAAGUUGGAAAAAUCAUUAUCCACAUACGGGUUCAUUUCCAUUAUUAAUCAUGGGAUUGAUACCGAAGAAUUUGAGAAUUUAAAAGCAGUAGCUCAAUCAAUUUUAGAAUUACCCGUGGAAGUUCAAAAAGAUUAUCUUGCUGGGACUUGGAAAUCAGAUUUAGAAGAUAGAUCCAUAUCGCUUGGAGCUGAAAGAGGUCCAGGAUUCAAACCUAAGGGGUAUUGGUCUAUGAAAAAUGGAGUUGAAGAUUCUAUUAUUCAUUAUAAUUUUACUAAAAUGUUACAUCCUGCCUUUUUCGAUUCUAAGGUUCCAGAAGUUGCUCAAGCACAUUUAAAGGAAAUUGCUGAUUACUAUAGAUACAUCCAUAAUGAAAUCUUAAGAAAAUUAACUAUUCUCUGUGAUAUCAUAUUAGAAAUUCCAGAAGGGUUUUUAUGGGAGAAUUAUUAUAAAGUAAUAGAAGGAGAUUAUGAAAAUUCUGGUCAAGGUGCAGGUAGAUUUAUGUUAUAUCAUAAUAUGAAUUCUGAAGAUGAAGCAAAAGUUGAUGGAAAUUGGUUAAGAGGCCAUUCUGAUAGUGGUGGGUUUACAUUCAUAACAUCUCAACCGAUUUUAUCCUUGCAAAUAAGAGACUACUUUACCGGGAUGUGGAAAUAUGUGGGACAUACUCCUAAUUCAUUUAUUGUUAAUAUUGCUGAUGGAAUGGAAUUCAUUACAGGAGGAUAUUUUAAAUCUUCCAUUCAUAGAGUGGUAUCCCCUCCUGAUGAUCAAAAAAAUUAUAGAAGAUUAGUAUUGAUUUAUUUUUCAACUCCUAAAACUAGUUGUAGAGUGGAUCCAGAACCUUUGAACUCCCCAAAAUUAAAAAGAUUAGGAUUUGUUAAACCUGAUGAAUGGGAUAAAAUCACUUUUGGUCAAUGGUAUGAAGAGAAAGCAAGAUUAUUCGGAAAGAAAAAUGUCAAUGAUAGUAAAGGUGAUGAACCCAAUUUAGUGUUAUUAUAUGGAAGAUUACAUGAAAGAUGGCAUCAAGCUGAAGCCAAUUUCACUAUCCAAGAAGCUAGAAAAAGGUUUAAAGUAAUUGAAUUGUAAAUAACUAUAUAGUAUCUAUAUAUAUAUAUAUAUGCC